GAAGCACUAAUCAAGCCUAAAUAUUACGCAGCUUGCCUUUUUUUUUUUUCAUCAACACAUUCCAAAACGCCGAAACCACAUAAAAUAAAAUAAUUAUAAAGAGUUGAGCUUUAUAAUAAAUCUCAAUCGAGUAAGAGUAAUACACAUUCAUCUUCACAUAUAAAGAUUUUAGGGUUUUCUGCAGCGCAAACAAGUAAGAAAAUGGGUGGUGGGUCAGUGAAAGAUUUGGUGUCAAAGGCAGAGCUUGAUGAGAAAGUGAAGAUAGGUGAACCUGUGAUUAUUCACUUCUGGGCUUCUUGGUGUGAUGCUUCUAAGCAGAUGGACCAAGUCUUUUCUCAUCUCUCCAUUGAUUUCCCCCAUGCCCUCUUUCUAAGGGCUGAAGCUGAAGAACUACCAGAGGUUUCAGAGGCAUUUUCUGUUUCUGCUGUACCAUAUUUUGUCUUCUUUAAGGAUGGCAAGGUUAUUGAUACUUUGGAAGGUGCAGAUCCAUCUGGUUUGGCUAAUAAAGUUGCCAAAGUUGCUGGCUCUGUCAAAUCUGGGGAUCCUGCAGCUCCUGCUAGCCUAGGGUUGGCUGCGGGGCCUAUGAUUCUUGAAACUGUGAAGGACCUAGUUGCGGAUAAUGGUUCUACUAAAGCUGACAGCCAAUUGAUAUCUGGGAUUAGUGAAGGCCUUAAAAAGCGACUCCAGCAGAUUAUUAACUCACAUGAAGUCAUGCUUUUUAUGAAAGGAAACCCUCAAGAGCCCCAAUGCGGUUUUAGUCGCAAAGUCGUUGACAUUUUGAAGGAAUAUGAUGUAAAAUUUGGAAGUUUUGAUAUUCUGACUGACAAUGAGGUUCGUGAGGGUUUGAAGAAGUUCUCUAAUUGGCCAACUUAUCCUCAACUAUACUGCAAAGGAGAGCUUAUUGGUGGGUCUGAUAUUGUUAUUGCUAUGCAUGAGGGUGGUGAGCUAACAGAAGUAUUUGGGGAUCAUGGUAUUAAAAGUUCACAUUCAAGGGAGGCGAAAGUGACUGAAGCAGAGAUCGGAAAGGGUGGCAUCUCAGGUUCCUCUGGCCUGAGUGCUACCUUGACCUCUCGUUUGGAAGGUCUCAUCAAUUCAGGCUCCGUAAUGUUAUUUAUGAAAGGGAAACCUGAUGAACCAAAAUGUGGUUUUAGCCGAAAGGUGGUCGAUAUUCUUCGAGAGGAGAAAGUGGAAUUUGAAAGUUUUGAUAUUCUUUCUGAUGAAGAAGUGAGACAAGGUCUUAAAGUUUACUCAAACUGGUCCAGUUAUCCUCAGUUAUACAUAAAGGGUGAACUCAUUGGUGGGUCUGACAUUGUCUUGGAGAUGCAGAAGAGCGGAGAGCUCAAAAACGUUUUAGCUGAGAAAGGGAUCAUUCAGAAGCAAACUCUUGAAGAUCGUUUAAAGAAGUUGAUUUCAUCUUCUCCUGUAAUGCUCUUCAUGAAGGGCACCCCAGAUGCCCCAAGGUGUGGUUUCAGCUCCAAGGUAGUCAAUGCUCUGAACGAGGAAGGGGUGGAAUUUGGGUCUUUUGAUAUUCUCUCUGACGAAGAAGUGAGACAGGGAUUAAAGACUUUCUCAAACUGGCCAACAUUUCCGCAGCUUUACUACAAAGGUGAACUGAUGGGAGGUUGUGAUAUAGUGAUGGAGCUGAAGGAAAACCAUGAGCUCAAAUCCACUCUAUCUGAAUAAGCAAUGAUAUGUGGUUAUCAUGAACGACAGGGAACCCAAUCUGAAAUCAGCUCAUCUUCAUUGAAUUAUUUGCAGCAGUCUUGAGCAUUACACUUUGUGUUGCAUGUGAACUAUAAAGUUUCAUUACUAGUAAUAUAAAUUUACCUGACAGUUUUUGUCUGAGUAAUUUUUUUUUAGAAAAAUUGCUGCGCAGGUUGUGGCAUGAAUUAUCUUAUUUGAAUUCGUGAUAAUAUAGGUACUUUUGGUGUCA